ACUCUGGAGUCCAGCAUGGACAUUUUUCACAAGAACCUUUCUAAUUUAGAGGGACAUCUACUGCACAGUGGCAUGUUUCUGUGAACACUGAAGCUUUUCUCCCUCAGUGCACUGAGCCUACAGGAAGUGCAGGUGAACUUCUUCGCCCCCGUACAGCUGAACUACCUCAGUCUGCACAUAUUGCAAUGGUGUCUAGACUAUCACUAUCACUAUGAGUCGUUGUUUUUUUAUCAUUACAUUCUGUUCAUGCUCUGUAAUUCCUGUUUACAUUUUAUCUUUUAGACUUUAAUAUUAUGUUUGUUUUUGUGUUUUUGAUGUGUCAUAUAUAUAUGACAUAUAUCUACUGGAUGUCCAAAUCCAUCACCCUUGGUCAACCCCAACCUGGUAAAACCCUUCAGUAAGAUCGUUAUAACAACGACAAUACAACUGUAGCUUACUUAAUAUAUGUAAAGUUAUACAAAUAAUACAGGAGUUAUUCAGAUGUCUAAAAAGUAGAUUCAUGAAUUAUUCAUAGUUUCCAACAGAUGGCGCUGCUCUCCCAUAGAGACAUCUAAACUGUGAUUUAAGUCUGUUUGCUCGGUUGCUUGCCAUAUACCAUUAUAUCCUCAAGUUACAGAUGUAUUGCUUUAAAUAAAACUACAUGUAGUUUUGCUAAUAAGCAUUUGUGUCAACUAUGUGUGUCGCAGACAGGUCAAAACAUCUGGGACCUAGCCAAUGGUGCUGAGGGUAUUUCCAGAAAGCAGAUUUCCUUAUGAAAUAUACUUUGGCAUUACUGUGUUUUGAAGAGCUGUUAAUUAUCCUCAGACAUUCUUCUUUUCUUUCGGAACAAACCCCUAAAAUUAUACACAAAACCUGAACUUCAGCCUGUUUCACAGGAUCGUCUCCACCUUAGUUUCCAUUCUCUCAACCCAAUCAAAUAUGGCUGCCGUAACGGUCUCCAUCACUUCCGGUUCCGAUUGAUGGCGAGCGUAAGCUUUGACUCAGUAAAUCACCACUUACCCCGUCGGGCAGAUCGCCUCUAGAACAGCCCGCUCUCUGGAUGGAGAGACGCUGCUGCUGCUGCAAAAUGAGGGCGCUGUGUUUGAACUUUGCCAUCACCUGUCUGUGGCUUCUCCCUUCAGCGGUCCAAGAAACAGCCAAACACUCUAACUUUCCAAACCAACCAUGGAGAGAGGAGGAAGGAGAAAGAGGUGACUCUGUGGGAGCUGCUUUGAAGGUAAAGCAUAUCUCCAAAGACUUACAGAUCAUCUCCACCAAACACAAAACACCCGCGUAUGGCUCCCUCGGCCCAUAUGGAUGGCCUCAAAACUUCUCACAAGCCCUGGAUCAGUAUCUGUACCGUCCUCCUCCCAAAUCCAAACCUCCUGCAAAAACAUCCACAAAGUCCAAGAAGAUCUUGGGCUGGGGCGACUUUUACUUCAAUGUGAAAACGGUCAAGUUCAGCCUGCUGGUGACCGGGAAGAUCGUGGACCACAUCAAUGGCACGUUCAGCGUCUACUUCAGACACAACUCGUCCCGCCUGGGGAACAUAUCCGUCAGCAUCGUCCCGCCCUCCAAAGUUGUUGGAUGGGAGGUUUUGGAUCAGGCGGCCCAGGCCACUGACGCCAAAAACACAGUCCUGGUUCCAGAUCUGUCAUCCCAGUUCCAGAGCCCACCUCAGUCCACCAGCUCAACCCCUGUGGACCAGCAGAAGCAGCAGCAGCAGGAUGUGGUGAUGGUGACCGAACUCAACUGCAGAAUCGAAUACCAGAGAACCAACCGGUCCAAGAAGACGAAGCCCUGCAUGUACGACCCGGGUCAGACCUGCUACUCAGAAAACACCCAGUCCCAGGCAGCCUGGAUCUGUGCCAAACCCUUCAAGGUUAUAUGCAUCUUCAUCGCCUUCACCGGCACCGAUUACAGGCUGGUGCAGAAAGUCUGUCCGGACCACAACUUCCAGACGGAGCAGAACCAGCAGCACUUUGGAUGACAGGUUCUGAAACACUAAAACUGAGAUGUGAAACUUUGACUUUUCAAAAUCAUGCGUUCAGUUUAAGUUUGUGAUUAUCGUUUUUUUAUAUGUUGCUACAAACAUACAACUUUCAACAUGUCAUUGAGUGCAGUUUAAGCCCAUACGCUUGUGUAAAUGUAUUAACAGCAAAGAAGAAACCUCUGGGGCUGAAAAAAUGAAGCCAAUGUGGCGGUGCCAAAAACUGUAAUUCCUCGAAUGGCCACUUGAGGUUGGCUCCAGAAGACCCCAUGGUGAAACACCCAACUUUACAGCAUAAAUAAACAAGUUUACGGCCUGG